AAAAAAUGUCGUAAAGCAGUACCAUGCCUAGAAAGGAUUUAGUGACAGAAGUACCAAUUCAAAAGCCUGAAACUUCAAGAAGAAUGAAAGAUAAAGCACCGAUUCAAUUACCACCAAAGCCUCAACCAGAUACUAGUUGCAGCUUGCAGCACAUUAUCUUGGAGCUUACGAGGAAGAAAUUUUAUAGGUAUGAAUAUUUUGUUGGUACCUUUAACUCAUUGUUGGUGUUAUCUUUCGAUCAAACAGUUAAUGUGGAUGAUGCUAUGGAUGAUAUUGCGCAUCAAAUUAAAGGUGGCUUAAUGCGGACAGUUGUUGGUUCACCGUCCACUUCUUAUGAACCGGCUUUUUCAGUUACAACCAGGAACUUGUAUUGGAACUCUGAUGAUAGUAACAAACUGGGUUUAAGGCAAAGUACCUCAGAGUCAAUUAAUGGUUUUUCUGUUAACGAGGAAGGUGACAAGGAUGUAAACCAUAUGGCAGAGAAAGUAGAUUCUUCAGCACAAGUCAGUGGGUGGCAUUCUGACAAUGAAUUGGACUUAAAUGGGAUUCCGCCAAGGGUUGUUAAAUGCAAUGAAGAUGUGCAAAACUUGGAUUUUGACUCAACAAGUGGUUUGAGAGUGCAAUCUGAAUCACAUGGUGUGAGCAGAUUUCCGGAGGCAAGUUUAGCAUCAACAUCAGUUCAUAAAGAGGGUCAAAUAGAGGUGCCUCCAGAGUGGACACCACCUAAUUUAAGCGUUCCAGUUCUGAAUUUAGUUGACAAGUUAUUUCAGCUCAAGAGAAGAGGCUGGCUAAGAAGGCAGGUCUUUUGGAUAUCUAAGUAAAUAUUGCAGUUAAUGAUGGAAGAUGCCAUUGAUGACUGGCUCCUAAGGCAAAUUCAUUGUCUCAGGAGAGAAGAUAAUAUUGCUCAGGGAAUAAGAUGGGUCCAGGAUGCUCUCUGGCCUGAUGGUACAUUUUUCGGGAGUUAAAUACUCGAACUGAACUUGACGAAUGUCAAAAUGAGGGAUCUCCAAGAACUAUGAGGCAACAAGGUGGAAGUAAGGUCUCUAGACUAGUAACGUUUGAGGAACAGCUUGAAGCUGCCCGCAGGGCUAGCGAUGUGAAAAAAAUAAUCUUCAAUAGUGCUCCCACUACUUUGGUUAACUUGAUUGGGCAGAGGCAGUAUAGACGCUACGCUAGAGAUAUCUAUUAUUUGCUUCAGGUGAGCCCUACCCCGAGCCCUGACCCCAGCACCUACAAACAAGAGCAAGGAAAGUAUUAGCCAACGGUAUGUUUGAAGCAACUUGCUUACGGAAUACUAGAACUACUCUUACCGUCAAUCUUCCCCGAGCUGCUGGAAGUUGUGAUGGAUAUCCACGAGAAGAUGCGCGUUGAACCUGUAUAGGGUAGAUUUGUUUCUC